AUGAUUUUAUAUAGAUUAGUUCGUUACUGAACAAGAGCACUCGCGCCAGAACGCUUCUUUUGCUGCGUUUUUUUUUCAUUCAAACUUUAUUCUUAACGACGCUCUAUGUAAUAAAAAAAAUCAACGUUUUUUGUCCUUUUCUUAAAAGUAAUUUUACAAAAAGAAAAUAUUCAUUUAGAAAUCAUAAAAAGCUGUGAAAAUUUCUUUAAAAAAAAAAAAGAAGAAAAGUGUUUGAGUGCUUUCUUGGUAUAAUAGUUUGCCUUCUUGACAUCGUCUCAUAUUGCAGAAUCUCAAUUCUCAAGAUUUGCAAUUAUAUUUCUCGAGAGGCUCGAGAAGAGUGACCAAAAGAGUGUUGUGCGUGUGCUGCCAAAAAAGUGAACCAACUGCAGAGUGAAAAUCAACUUAUAUAACGCACACUUGAGGAAAAUUAAUCUGCCGUGUGGGGAAUUUUUGGACAGUGUGGUAUAAGUGUUUCUUGGGCAGCCAGUGAAAGGGGUCACUGAAGACCAAAGAAGAAAAAAGAAACCAGACCCACGGGCAGAAAGGAGAUUAAUUUUUGAAAGAAGAAGAAAAAUUAUGUCAACGGCCGAACAAAGAAGGCAGUCUUUUGCAAGACGAGCCGAGAGUUUAGUGGAGCGGGUGAGAAUUUUAAACACUAUCUUUGAGAGAUAUGUCGUCAAUACAGACCGAAGUGGGGAAGUUCAUGUCACAGUGCAGGGUGAUCUGACACAGCAGGAAAAGCGAGCUGUUUUUAUGACGGUGCAUGAUUUGGGAUGUAAUCACACAUCAUUCCAGGACUUUGUCAACAGUCCCUGCAUGACAGAGAUCAAGGAACGCUCAUGCUUCAUUCACAUCGAUGCUCCGGGUCAUGGGGAUAAUGCUGAUCCACUUCCUGAUAAUUUCCCCUUCCCCUCAUUGCAAACUCUGGGUGAGGACUUGGUCACUGUACUUGACUUCCUGCACGUGAAAUAUGUGAUUGGUCUGGGUGAAGGUGCUGGAGCAAAUGUGAUGGCUCGAUUUGGACUAGCACACCCCUCACGGUGUCUCGGUCUCAUACUCAUCAAUUGCACCGGAAGUGCAGCAUCAGUAUUGGAAACAUUUAAGAACAAGUUUAUCACUUGGAAGGCUGAUGAAGUUGCCAAAUCUGCUGAAGCUUUCUUGGUUUACCACAAAUUCGGCCAUUUGCAAAAUUUACAUGAGCAAUUGGUCGGUGAUAAUCCCGACAAGGAUAAAAUCAUUGCGGACUUUCAGAGUCGCCUACGUGGGAAGUUGAACAAUAAAAACUUGGGACAAUAUGUGAAGGCUUUCAUGAGUCGCAAGGACUUGUCAUUGAAGUCCUGCAAAGUGGACAUUCUCCUCAUAACUGGCAUGUUGAGCCCCUACGCAACUGUAGUUGAGAAAUUGUUCAGAGAUCUCGACAAAGAGAAGGUGACCAUGUUAAAAAUUGAACGUGCCGGGGAUGUCUUGGCAGAUGCUCCCGCCAAAGUGGCUCAGUCGAUUCUACUCUUCUGCAAGGGCCAGGGACAACUAACGUCUGUUGUGAUGCCGGGCGUUGAUCGCUCACGCGCCUACUCUACGAGCUCAGGGGGUUCAAAUGAUGGUGCCAACACCCCCGUGGGAGCACUCUCGCGGCGACUAUCACGCGGUAUGUCCAUGGAGGAGUACGACAAACCAAAUAUCCGAAGGCUAAGUGUUACCGUCAACGAUCAGUUGCCACCAAUUAAGAAGUAAAGCAAAAAAUUGCGGGCAUUGAAUCCAACCGAGAGAGAGAGGGAAGAUAUAAAUUUCAAAAUACAAAUUUGCAAUGCCAAAUUUUAAAUUAAAUUGUGAAAAUUUUAUCAUAUUUAAAUUGAAAAUGAAAAGAGUUUUGCAUAUAGAUAUAUGCAGUGAGGAGGAUAAUUUAUUUGCUGGAACAUUGCUGUUGAAUAAAAAUCUUUUAAAUAUUUCCUAAAUUAUUUUGAAAAGAAUAUUUCAAAACUGUUUUUAUUAAUUUCAUGAAAGGAAAAAAAAAACAAAUAAAUUAAUUCUUUAAAAAAAAAAGAAAUAUUUUUAAAAGCAAAUUUUUACAAGAACUUUACCAAAGAGUAAAAGAAAAAAAUCUCAAUUGAAAAUGUAAUUCCAAGGUUUCAAUAAUACAUCACAAACACUUAGGUCAUCACGUGACGUUUUACAUGAAUUUGAGGGCGCUGUAGUCAGUGUGUGGAAGUGCCGAAAGCUACUUUUUGAGAUGCAAUAUUAUUAAGGAAUUCAAAGACAUUAAAAGAAAAUCAUAAGAUCGUUAAAUAAACACAAAAAGAUCGCAAAUAAAAAGCUGUGUCUGAAAGAAUUACAGCUAAAAACAUUUUUUAAUACUUAAAGAAAACAAAAUGGCUGACUAAAUGGGUCUACAGCGACGCCAUUUUGCAUUAUCUACUUCUCUUUUGAAUUAUCGAAGAAAAUCCCGUAAAAAUUUGUUUUAAAUUAAAUCUAAAACAAUUUAUGAUUUUUUUCUUGUUCUAACAGCUCAUAAACUAUCCUUCUCACUGUCUUGCACUCAUAGAGUUUACAAGGAGCUAAAAUAGAAUCAUUUACUGUGAGAAUGCACUAUCACUUCUCAUAUAGUAAUCAAAUAAUUAUUAUAAAAUAAAAGAAACCAUUAAAAGCGUUUAAUAAGAAUUUUUGUGGUGAAUUUUCACCGAAAAUUUUUAUUUCUAUCUCACUCAGAAACUGCUGUUUGAUGAAUUUUUAUUUUUUCUACCGAUAACUUUUUAAUUAAAUGGUGCACAAAAUGAAUUUAAUGGUAAAAAUGAAACUCCAUUUUAAAACACACGCUACAUAAAAAAAUGAAUAAAAAUGCAUAUUAUCGUAAAUUGAUUAUAGGUAAAUAUUAAUCAGCAAUAAAUUUAUAGAGCAAAAUGAAGAAAAUAUCUCAUCGUAAAUGCCAAUUAAUGGACCUACAUACAAUCCCUAAUAAAGGAAGUGACAAAGUUGAUUAUAAAGUAAAUAUUACACAAGAAAAAAAAUUAAGAUUAAGAAAAUAUGACAUUUUACCAAAAAAAAAAGAAAAGAAGAAAAUACACGAAAGAAAUAUCAUUAGAUUUGUGCUUCUAAUUAUAAAACUGCUCUGUAAAAUGUGCUAAAAUUAAAGAAUAAACUAACAAAACAAAAAAUUGUGAAAUGCUCUUUGGCUUAGUGAGAAAUAUAUUUAAAAGGAAAAUUUUUAAUUUUUAUUGCGAGUAACGGAGAAAAGAAGUCUAUUUAGCAAAGAAAAAGAAAUAAUUUUUCGAUGAAAAAAAGAACUGUAGUUGUAUAUCUUGGAUGCUAUUGGCAUUUUCUUGACAAUUUUUAUAUUAGAGAAAGAUUAAAAUUUAGAUAAAUAUUUGAAGUAAACUAUAUAUUACUACCAUUAAAAAAGGUCAUGAUAUUGAGGCCAAAGUUUAGAGAAAAUUGAAAAGAAUAACAUUUUGAGACAUUUUUGCGCAGCUUCUCUUCGCUUUUUAUUUUUAUUAAACAACAUUUAUAAAAAAAAAGACCAAAAAACCACCAGAAGAAAAAUGCGUACAAUCCUCCCAAAUAAAAACAUCGAUAUCCUUUAAAUUUUUAAAAAAGAAUUCUUGAAGAAACUAACAAAUUUUUUUUAAAUAAAUUACAUUAGAAAAUAUCCACCUCCAAUGAUACAUAUUGAUGUUCUUUACAAUAACAACAAUUUAAGUAAAAAAAAUGUACCUCUGAGAAUAACUUGAAGAAUAAUUUUGUUACUGUUUUUCCCUAUAGAAUAUCUAUUUUCAAACGUUUUUCAAUCAAACCCCUUCCACAUCUACUGAAAAAAAAAACAAAUCCAUCAAAAAGCUAAUAUUCUUAUUGGAAUUUUAUAUAAUCACCAAAAAGAUAAACAAACAAAAAUUACGUAGAGAGACAAUUAAUGUAUAGUGAGAAAGUAUUUAAAGAAAAAAUGAAAUAUUAAGAAAAAUAUUGUAGACAAAAAUUAUAAAUUAAUUCAAACGUUAAAAUUAUGAAAAAUAAAUGAGAAAAAAAUGAUAAGCAUCA